AUGAAGAUUCUUUUUUUUUGGAUUCUCGGAACAAUAGAAUUUAUUGUAGAUUUUGAAAUAUUUCGAAGAGCUUAUCAUCACGCAUCUGAAUUUUGGAAACUUAAAAUAGAAAGAACUUUAAUUCCUGAUAUUUCUAAUAUAGAUCCAGGGUCAAUCGAGGAAGAAAAUAUAAUCUGGGAACGUAAUCCUCGUCCUGGCACUAGUGUACAAGUUACUCCUCAAGAUCCACAAAUUACAGUUUUUCCGGAAAUUCCUGUUACUCCAGAUUUUCCUUUAUAUAAAAGAUUAUGUGGUCUCAUUACCAUAGUUGCGGCUGUUGGUAUUGAUUUAAUAGUUAGUUCAUAUACUGGUGCUAAAAGAAGAAAAGAAAUGCAAAAUUAUAUCAAUGAUUGUCUACAACCAUGCAUCAAAUUAAAACAUAAUAUUGUGGUUUUAGAUUUGAUCAUUGAUGAAAUUAAAGCAUUCAUAACCGGAAUAGACAUGAUGAGAGAAUAUUAUAAUCAAGUAUUUUCAGAAAAACAAUUAAAAGAAAUGUUUGAACUUUUUCAAAAAAAAUGUAAUGAAAAAAUUAAAGAAAUUGAUUAUGAAAAAACAGCGAAGGAAUUAGAAGAAAUAGACAAACAGAGAGGUUCCUGGACAAAGGAGGGUUGA